CUAUCGCCUACUGUACUACCCCUGUUCCUGACUAGCAUCUGCUUGUAGGCAGUCGCCACCGCAAUGUGCUUUCUUCCAUCUCAUUGUCUUCUAUGUUCGGACACACUCUUUUGGGAUCGCCAUCUAUAACCACUUAUACUAUAUUUUAACAUGUUUGGAGAUGUUUUCUUGUGCCUUUUGCUUCUUAGAUACCAGUCUACGCUCUGCCCAGCUAGACCGUUUUUUUCAUGUCUUGUCUUUGUCGAUGGGCAGGCCUGUGUUGUUGCAAGGCUUGGCAUGUGCGUGACACGGUUUGUGUGUAUGCGAAGGAGAGGAACUGGCUAUUUCGAGUAUGUAGUCGUUCAUAGACAGGAAUUUAAAAAAAGUAUUUCAACUUAGUUUUAUUGCGUGCUCUUACUUGCUUAUGUUCAAUCAUGCUGCUGCAAGAAACGUGCAUACUUUGGAUGGUUU